ACAAUCUCAACCUCAGUCGACUGGUUGUCGACUCUUUUCCUUGAAGGGAAGGACCCAAACGAACAGAGCGAGUGGGAGGAUUCAAGGGCUGUACUACCUUUGAGGAUGCUUCGCAUUACUUGGUCCUGCAUUGUGCUUUUAUGCUGUUCGUCCUCUCUUCAUGCACUCAAUCUCAAAGCAACUUCUUCUUCUUCUUCCAAAAUCGUGGUCCAUCCACAUCAGCAUCCCGAGCCAGAAGCUGUCGUCCAAGAUUUGAACAGGAGGGUGAACGAAUCCGUCACCAGAAGGCAGCUCCUUGCGAUCCACGUAAAGGACCAGUGCUUGACGGGCAAUCCGAUUGACGACUGCUGGCGGUGCGACCCGAACUGGGAAUCGAACCGCGAGCACCUAGCCGACUGCGCGAUUGGGUUCGGCCAUGAGGCCCUUGGUGGCAGGGGCGGCAACGUCUACGUUGUUACAGACCCAUCUGACCCGGACCCAGAGAACCCGCCCCCUGGCACGCUUCGCUACGGUGUUGUCCAAGCUGGACCCCUCUGGAUCAUCUUCUCUGGUAAUAUGGUAAUCAAUCUCAAGUAUGAGCUUCUUAUCAGCAGUUUCAAGACCAUCGAUGGCCGAGGAGCCAAUGUGGAGAUAACAGGUCUCGGUUGUUUGAUCAUUUAUGAAGUCACCAAUAUCAUCAUCCACAAUGUGCACAUUCACCACUGCAAGCCUUCCGGGAAUGCCAAGAUCCGGAUCAGCCCGACGCAAGUCACUGAGAGGGGAAAAUCGGACGGCGACGGGAUAUCCGUCUUAGCAUCAUCAAAAAUCUGGAUUGACCAUUGUGCCCUGUUGUAUUGCACAGACGGUCUGAUUGAUGUCACCGAAGGAUCUACGGCAGUCACAAUAUCCAACAACAUAUUCACCCACCACGAUAAGGUGAUGCUGUUGGGUCACAGUGAUGAUUUCACAGCCGACACAGGAAUGCAAGUGACUGUUGCAUUCAACCACUUUGGUGAAGACCUAAAGGAGAGGAUGCCACGGUGCCGGUUCGGGUACUUUCAUGUUGUGAACAAUGACUACACUCAGUGGGGGAUGUAUGCUGUUGGAGGGAGCUCCGGUCCUACCAUUAAUAGUCAGGGGAAUCGGUAUCUCGCGCCGCAGGACGAUAACAACAAGGAGGUGACAAAGCGAAUGGACACAGAUGAGAGCGAGUGGAGGAAAUGGAAUUGGAGAUCGGAAGGCGAUCUGAUGGUGAACGGUGCCUUCUUUGUGACCUCUGGUGCGGACAUGAGCCCCCAGUAUGCCGAAGCCUCUAGUAUGUCGCCACUAUCGGCAAACUACAUCGAUCAGCUCACUGAGACUGCUGGUGUUUUAGUUGCACAGAGGAGUGACGCCGGGACUGUGACGAAUCCCCCUCCCGGGUCAAGCGGCGGGAUUGUGAUGAAUCCUGCUGCUCCCGGGUCAAGCGGUGGAGAUGGAAGCUCUUGCUACCCAGGACAGGGAUCAAGUGGAACCGUACCCGGAACGGGCGGUUGGGGAUAUCCCGGAAUUGGAGGUUGGGGAUAUCCCAACAACGGCAUCAGCUAUGGCACCAAUUUCGGUAGCGACGCGAGAACGCCACUUGCCCCAAUGACCUCGGUCGUCUUAUCUGUCAUAACCAUCUUAGCAUUCUUACAGCAAACUCGCUUUUGACACAACACGCGCGGUAGAAUCUUAGAAUAGGUAACUAUAGUCGAUUCAGUUUUUAAUCUCGAGAACGUGAAUCCGGCUGAUUGCGGUGGAAGGAUUGCGUAGAGCUUUGCAUUUUUGCAGCAGUUGGGUCUUACCCAACAAUCUUUCCAUCAAAUUGUUAAAGACAGUGGGUAGGAAAAUGUACAAAUUCUAUGAAAUGAAAUACCUUAACUCUCGUAA